UUGAAGAACCCUGAAUAAAGAAAAACACCACACAGAAACAAAAAAGAAUAAACUGAAACACUUGAAAAAAUCAUCAUUCAAAUCACAACAGCUCUAGCACCCCAUAAAAAUCAUAAUUCUUGGCUAGCUUUUAUUCACUUGUUCAAAUCGAGAAACAAAGAAAAGAUCAUCAAAAAUGGUAUACACAUACACACCAGCAUACUACUCUACUCUCCAUGACUCAAUUACCUCUAUUUGCAAGACAAUCUUGCCUUUUUCCUUUAAGAAAAAGAGGUUGACCUCGGCGGAGCACAGGCUCUCAAAGCUGCAGUCUGAUAACUUGAAGUGGCAGCAAGACUCAUUCCAUCAAAUAUUGAAUUUGAUGGGGUUGCAUAAAGAAGGUAUUUUAGCUGAGAAUGAGGUUUCUGCUUUCAAGACUCAUUUGCUUGAAACCCUUAUUGCUUCUCCACUUGAACAUGAACAAGCAGUCAUUUUAAGAGAUAAAUUGGUCUUCUUGCAGGAGUUGCUUUAUGCAAAAUGUAUAUCAGAAGAUGAGUACCAUUCAUCAAAGAGACCUUUGUUACAGAGGCUAGCAGUACAAGGAGCAGAAAUUGAGUCAAGAGAUGUUAUUGUUGCUGGUCCAAAAGACACAAAAGAGAAGAUAGAAGAGGAGUGGUCGGUUAUUGAUUUAAAAGAUGAGAAAAGGUUGAUUGGUAAAGAAACUUUACAGUCCAUAAAUAGAUCAAAGCCUAACUCAGCGAUGAAGCAAAUCAAAGGAGCAGCCUCCGUUUUUGGCUUUGGAUCAGAUCACAAGCUGAGCAAACACAAAGAAGAAAAGAGUAUUUUUGAAAUUGAAGCAAGAUUGCCCUCCUCUGGCCAUGUUAGUAACGAGAGAGAGAACCCACUUUGGGAUAGUCAUUUGAAGGAUAAGGAAAGUGAAACCAAAUCAAUUCUUAUGCAAGCAAGCUUACCAAAUGAAUCUGUAAAAGAAAGCGCAAGCAAUGAUAAGCCCAAGAGGAAACCCUUCAAGACUUUGUUUCGACAGGAGCAAAGAGAGGGAGAUGGUGGUGGUGGUGGUGGUGGUGCUAAUGGUUUUAAUUGUGAGGAGAAACCUUCAAAAUCAGCAAAAAAGCCUUGGGGUUUUGAUGGUUUUAAGAAAUGGAAGAAAAAUGAUUCAGAUGGUGAGACUGCUCCUCUGCCUCUUAACAAUGAAAGAUCUGACAGUGAGGCUUAUUCAGGAUCUUGCAACCUUGUUAAUAGUCCCAUUGGAGAGGGACCAGACACUAAGCAGAUAAAGAAGAAACUGCAUUCUAAUGGUUCUUCUUCAGAUUUUUUCAUUGAUAAGGUUUUAGGGGACAAGAUAAAGAAGGAGCUUUCAAAAAUUCAAACAGAACUCUGCACAACAAACCCUAGUCUUAAAUUUUCUGAUGAUCAAAUUGAAGCAAUUUCCACCAAGCUUCCUGUUGACAAGGCUGACCUGAAAAAGUUCUUCCCCAAGUCAUGGUGCGAUCGGUAUGGUGAUGUUGUACUGGAUGUGGUGAAGAAAGAGUUCAAGGAUCAUGUUGGAGAGAUGGAGAACAUGAGAAAUGCUGCAAGAGAAAAACAUCACAACAAUUCAAUGCGAUGGACAACAUUUGAAGAUGAAGACGAAAAUUGUCACCCAAAUCUUUUUUCUCAACAGGAUCAUUCAUUUCCAAAGAAGCAACAAAAUUUCACUGCCAAGAAUGAUCAGAGCGCCUAUACUAAUCCCUUCUCCCAUGACUACUCUGAAAGCAAUGGGAAUAAGCUUAGGACUGAAUCAUUCCAGAAUCCCUUUUGGAUCCCAAGGCAACAAUAUUAGUGAUAUGGGAGUUUCUAUGCUUGAUAAGCAAGCGGUAUUCUUGUUUUUUGUUUGCUUGUAUUCUAUUGUAAUUCUGGUUAUGAACUCUGACAGAAGAACAAUGUUGUUCUUCUGGAUUUUAAACCCCCUUUUGUUCUGCUGGGUUUCAUCAAACCCAUGCAAGAAGAAUGUAAACGUUUUUAUCUUCCUCAGCAGCUAUAAAAGUUUUUAAUCCCCCCCAA